AUGUCGGCGGAGGGAGGUUUACCGGGUCAACCGCCCGCGAGCGAGGUCGCGGCGGUGGUGAGCGAUGGGAAAGUGGACGCGGGCGCGGGUGAUGGGAACGAGGUGCAGACGGCGACGCCGGCGCGGAGCCCGGGGCAGGGCGCGAAUGGAAGUCCGAAUAGCGACAAGACGACGAAGGACGGCGAAGUCGCGAACGAGGCGCCGGCGCGCACGCCGGCACCAGCGCUCGCGGUUUCGAGUCCGACGACGAUAGAUGUUGAAGUGCCGACGCCGCGCGGGGUCGACCAGAUGAGCCCGGACGGUAACAGAGAGUACAAGAUCUACAAGGAUAUCGAGUGUUGCUUUUGCGGCGCGCAGAAAAAGUUUAACGGAUACCUCGCGUUCAAGAAACACGUCGUGAGUUACUGCAGCGCCAAGCCCGAAGAGACUUUCGCCGAGUAUCAGCAGCACGUCGAAAAGUAUUGGGCCGAGCAACCCGCCAUGGACCAAGCCGAGAUGGUGAGCGCAUUCGUGAUGGAGGACGAGAACGACAAGGAUGAGACGGAUCGCGACAGCGACGCCGACGACGAUGGGCCGAGAAGCGAUACAGUGAAGCAUCGUGCUGAAGCAGAGGCUACGCACAACGCAGACAGCGAUGAUGAUCGACCAGCGAACAAGGCUGCGCUUCUCAAGACACCUGAAAAUCUUUUUGACGACGUAUCGAAUGUUGACGACAAGCUGACUGCGAACGAGUCUACUGAACCCAAUCGAAAGCGGCGAACAGCCGCGAGACCUUCGCGUUACACCGUAGGUAUCGACGACGAAGACGAGCGAGCAGCGAGCAGAGGUCGUGACAUCGACAAGUCUACGAACGAGUCGCAGGAAUGUGCGUGCACUGAGUGUGGAAAGUCGUUCAAGAAUGCGCACUCGCUAAAAAUACAUCAGAGCAAGAUGAAGCAUCGCGGCGAACUAAUCGUGCCUUUGACCGCUGGUGCGGUAGAGAAGAAAAACAAAACGCAAGCGUCUGUCAUCGUCACCAAUCAUUCGACGGCUUGCGAUGUGUGUGGAGUUUCAGUUAAGUCGCCAGCCGGGCUCGUGACGCACAAAGCGCGAUGGUGCAAAGGAGCGAAAUCAGCCGCUACGAGCGUCCCUAAUGCCCAAGUGGUCACGAAGGCAACAGAUAAGGCGCCUCCAAAAAUUGCGUCUGAAGCUCACACGCCGCUCAAAGAGCUAUCCGUCGGCGCGAAGAGUAGAAAAUGUUUACUUCGAGAAGAAAGCGGUUGCGAGUUCAAAGGUACUUCUUUCGAUGAUUUAGUGCGACACAUGCAGGUGGAACACGGCGUUAAAGUCACGCGAAUUGGUAAACAGUCUGCACAAGGAGAGUCACCCGGCGACGAGCCUGCCGUCGAAGAACAGUCCGUUCGACCGCAAACAGAAACGACAAUCUUACGCAUCUUUCACACGCAAAGAAGUUGUGCAGAGUGCUCGGCCAAGUUUCCAAACAAUUCAGGGCUGAUCGCUCACUACAAAGACGCGCACAAUGUACGGGCAUUCAUUACCGCGAAAGAGUUUAAAGAGGCGGAGGCGUUGAUGAACUCGUCGAGUGAUGCGUCGUUGCCAACUUCAGAGCCGAAACCUUCGUUGUCAAAACCGAAUAAGCUCACACAUGAGACGAGAGAUACCGAUCGUCCGAGUGGUAAAUCGAAAAAGACGCAGAUAACGUGCGAGUACUGUCAGACGUACACGGGUUUCUGGAAUGCAGGGUUUGCAGCUCAUCUGCGCAGCUGCAAGUUGAAGCACCCCCAAACCUCACCACUCGAAGAAGAGCCCCUGAACGUCGGAGUUAGUUUCCCGGGACCUCCUCGCACGAAAGAGAUGGAUCCUGGCGUUCGGUUUUGCGACGAGUGUGCGGCUGGAGAUUUCAAAUGCAAGUCGUUCAGACAGCUUUGCACGCACUACAAGAAAGAACACAACGUUGAACUGAUUGCGGCGGCAGCCGUCAUCGAAGAUCGGGUGGCACUCAAUCAGACUGACAUGGAGGAAGUGGAUGAGACGGUAGUCCACGACAAGGGAGUCCAUUCUAGUACCAAACACAUGGAAAUUUUAACGGACCAACUCCAAUGUCCAGAGUGCGAGUUCAAAGCGAAGCAACAUAGGGGUUUGUGCACGCACAUGAGGAUGAAGCACAAGACGAUUCCCAUCCCCGUUGAGCCGCCGAGCAGACGUAAGAGAUCUCGAGCUGCGAGCGUUACUGCGGAGGAUGAAACGCAUGCCUUGGUUCCAGUGAAGAGAAUGACGCGUGAGCUGGACGACGCGUUACCGGGUAACGAAAUCGUCGAGGUGAAAAAUUUCCAGCAACUCGUAAACUCGUUCAAAGAACUUUCUGCAGCGCACAAAGAACUCGUGCGCUCGCACGAAGAGCUUGCGCGCUCGCAUGAAAUCGCAACGCGAACGAACGUUCAGUACGAGGAUCGAAUUGCGGUGUUAGAAAGCGGUACGUCACAAGGUGGCGAUCGUCGUCGUGGCGCCGGGCGUGGAGCGCUGGCGUUGCACGCGCCAGACGCAAACACGCAGGUCGUGUACCACAAUCCUGGUGGCUUGGAUUGCUCUCCAGUUGUCACCUGGGGACGACAAGUGUGGCUUUCUGGUAUUACUUGUGGCGGUGUGGUCGAACCCACGUUCACGGGACAAAUGCGCCGUGUGUUUGAUAAUUUGGUCAGACUCCUCGUGAUGGCCGGCACUGACGUCGCUCACUUGCUGCAAGUGAAAAUUCACCUCAAAGACAUCCGAGAAAUGGAAGCGGUGUGUGAUAUCUGGGACAGAUUUUUCUCCGAUGCGGGCAUCACGCGAGAACAUCGACCCUGUAGACACAUCACGCAAGCCGUGCUGAGUAACGCAAAGUUGCAAGUCGAAAUGUUCGCCGAAGCGGUGCUCCCGGGCGAAGGAGAACAGGCGUUUCCGAGCGGUCUGCCGCCAAAACGCAUCGCGAAUGCGUGAACGAAUGAAAGUGUACAUUUUAGCGCGACCCAUUCGGGA